UGUCCUACUCAGUUCAGUGCGAUGACGCGAUCGAUGCAGUACUAACGUAAUUUUCCCGACCUUACACAUUUAUCUAUAACAGUUAUAGUAAUAAACAGUAUUUUUUUUCUUUAUAUUACGCUCAAAUUAAAUUACUAUUCAAAUAAGUGAUUUAUUUUUGUGGUAAAAAUUUAAUCAACGUAACGUGUAAUAUAUUUAUACAUAAAAUAAUUAUUUUAUUCUAAAACCACAGAUUUAAUUAUUGAGGUGAAUAAAAUUUCUAUAAAUAUAAAUAGUAUAUAAUACGAUUUACGUGAGUGAUUUCACAACUGGGUAGCAGUGAAUGCAUAUGUGUACAAUCGGACGUAAACAUUAAAGUGCAUCGAAUUAUUAUCAAUAAUAAUUAUAUUGCAAGUUAUAAUUAGAUUUGAAAUGGUUGACACAUAGAAAUAGACAGACAGACAGACAGACAAGUGUCUUGGUUUACACUGAUAAUUAUUUGAAAUUGGGUGUUGGUUAUCAUUGAUCAUGUGUUUGAUAAUUUGAGUAAAUUUAUACAUAACCAGAGGACGUGUUUGCAUUGCAGAAUAAAAGUUAUUGGAGAUGGCAUCGAAGAUAGUUAUUGGAAGGGUGAGUAUCAAUUCAGCGAAGAGCUAUGCAAAUAUUGCAGCCUGUCCCGCCGUUGAGCACACAACCACUCAAAACGAAGAAUUAUCAUGGGAACAAGCCAAACCCUAUCACCAGAUUCCAGGACCCAAAUCUUAUCCUAUCGUCGGAAAUUUAUUUAAAUUUUUACCUUAUAUAGGUGAAUAUGGAAAUAUGCCGUUGUAUGAACAAAUGAAAUCAUUGAAUAAACAGUACGGAAAUAUUGUAAAGCUUUCAGGAGUUUUUGGUAGAAGACCUUCAGUAUUUUUGUAUGACCCGGAACAAUGUGAAAAAAUGUAUCGUUUGGAGGGGGUUUGGCCAAUGAGAAUAGCCAUUGAAACAAUGUGUAAAUACCGAGAGAGAAACUCAAAAGUUUAUAAAGGAAAAUUGGGACUUGUCGGCAGCCAAGGUAAAGCCUGGCACGAAUUUAGAAAAAAUGUGAAUCAACAUAUGAUGCAGCCGAGAAGCAUCAAGCCCCACGUGGCACAAGUCGACCAAGUUGCCAACGACUUUAUCACGAGAAUACGAAAACUUCGAGAUGUAAAAAGUUUUAAACUACCGGCAACAUUCAACAACGAAAUGAAUAAGUGGGCUCUCGAGUCUAUAUGUAUGAUUGCGAUGGAUCAUCGUUUGGGAAGUUUUGAGGACGGGUUAACAGCCGACUCAGAACCACAGCAAAUGAUUGAUGCGGUUCAUAAAAUGUUUGAGCUUUUCUACCAACUUGAAAUUUUGCCCUCAUUGUGGAAAAUUUAUGACACUCCGAAACUUAACGAGUUAUUUAAAACACUGGAUACUAUUACGAGAAUCGCUUCGAAGCAUAUAGACGAUGCUAAACUAAAGUUUGCCAAGUACCCGAAGAGCAAUACAAACGAACGUAGUGUCCUAGAAAGUUUAUUGAGUAUCGACGAACAAACUGCUUAUAUUAUGGCACUCGAUAUGCUAACUGCUGGAAUUGACACGACUGGAAACGCUACAGGUUUAUUAUUGUAUCAUCUUUCAAUAAACCCUCGAGUGCAGGAAAAACUACGAGAGGAAACAUUAAAUUUACUGCCCAAUAAAACAUCCCCUGUAACAUUUGAUGUUCUUAAUAACAUUCCGUACCUCAAGGCGUGUAUCAAAGAAUCGCUUCGAUUAACACCAAUAGCUAUUGGCAAUUUACGAACAAUGCACACUGAUGUUGUUCUCGGUGGCUACAAAAUUCCCAAACAUACCGAUGUAGUGGCUUGUCACAGCGUACUGUCAAUGAGUCCCGAUCACUUUUCACGGCCAGAAGAAUUUUUACCGGAAAGAUGGUUGAGAAAUAAUGAUACGGAUAUAAAAGCUAGUAAGGACGCGCAUCCUUUCGCUUACAUGCCAUUUGGUUUUGGCCCACGUACGUGUAUUGGCAGACGAUUUGCUGAAUUAGAAAUGGAAACGCUUACACUAAAGAUGUUGCAAAACUUUAAAAUGGAAUGGCCUAAUGAUCCUCUUAAAAUAAAAAGCCGGUUUAUUAAUACAAUGGGCUCGCCUUUACAAUUAAAAUUAAUUGAUAUCUGAAACGUGAUAGAAAAAAAAGGAAUCCACUGUAAAUAAUGGGACAAAGUAUCAGCGGCUUCAUUGACAAGUUGUUUUUUAUAAGUGAGCGCUUGGUGAAUAGCCCAAAUAGAUAAAGGUCUCAUGUAACCGACCGAUCGAUAUCCACCUUUUUCAUAAAGUGCUUCAGGUGUUUGAAAACCUAAAC